GCAGCUGAAUGUCUGCUUGUUGUGAUCUGUGUAUUGUUGCUGCUACUAUCUCUCUUUUGCUGGCUGGAAUGGACGAGGGAGGGCUUUGGGAAUUUCUCUGAUAUAGAUCGGGGCAUCGGGGCUAGUCCGAUGGCUUUCUUUCCUUUUCUUUGCCGGAGGUCAACUGAUGUGAGAGAGCCGGAUAGAAGAAAUUCGAACACAUGGAGGGUUUUCUCUCUGAAGGAGCUGCAUUCAGCGACGAACAGAUUUAAUUACGACAACAAGCUGGGUGAAGGAGGGUUUGGAAGUGUCUAUUGGGGCCAACUCUGGGAUGGAUCUCAGAUUGCUGUUAAAAGGUUGAAAGUGUGGAGCAAUAAAGCUGAAAUGGAAUUUGCUUCAGAGGUGGAGAUUUUGGGAAGAGUGAGACACAAAAACCUUCUGUGCUUGCGUGGUUAUUGUGCUGAAGGGCAGGAGCGCUUGAUAGUUUAUGACUACAUGCCAAAUCUAAGUUUGAUGUCACAUCUUUACGGGGAGCAUUCAGCUGAAAACCUUCUUGACUGGAGCAGGCGCAUGAAUAUUGCUAUAGGGUCAGCUGAGGGUAUCGCUUACCUUCACCACCAUGCAACACCACAUAUAAUCCAUAGAGACAUUAAAGCAAGUAAUUUUCUACUGGAUUCUGGUUUCCAGGUUCGGGUUGCAGAUUUUGGAUUUGCAAAGCUCAUUCCUGAAGGUGCAACCCAUGUUACCACAAGAGUUAAAGGUACCCUUGGCUAUCUUGCUCCCGAAUAUGCUAUGUUUGGUAAAGCCUCGGAGAGCUGUGAUGUGUACAGCUUUGGAAUACUACUACUAGAGCUUGCUAGUGGGAAAAAACCAUUAGAGAAGUUGAGCUCAACUUGGAAGCGAUCCAUCUCAGAAUGGGCACUUCCGCUCGCUCGAGAGAGGAGAUUCCAAGAAAUGGCGGAUCCGAAGCUCAAGGGGGACUACGUCGAAGCCGAAUUUAAAAGGAUGGUUCUUGUUGCGCUAGUUUGUGCUCGUGGAACACCUGAAAAGAGACCUACAAUGCUUGAAGUGGUGAGCUUGCUGAAAGGGGAAGCCAAUGAGAAACUAGCAAUUCUGGAGAAUGAUGAUAUAUUCAGGCCGGAUAGAAUUGGCACUAGCAGCAGAUUUGUAGUUGCUGGCAAUGAUUCAAACUGUAUAAUUGAGGAGAAAGAGGGAAUGGGGAAAUGAAACAGGAUUUGCUCGGUGAAGUUUCACAAUAUACAAGUAAGGAAGAAGAAAUCCGGAGGAGCAAAAUGGCUAGUGUCAUCAAUGGUGGAUUCUUUGUGCAUUUUUACCGUUAGGGAGCAGAUUCACCUUAUAUUAUCUGCAUUGUUUAGUGUUUUGGCUUUGUGUCUUUUGGCUUGUUUUAUUUCUUGUAUUGAAACCCUCCGGGGCUUAUAUCUCUUUCUUUUUCUGUUUUGAAAGAAGAGAAAAGUAUACUCCUCUGAACAUCUGGUUCCUGCAUGUUGGGAUUUUUUUUCCUGAUUAGUGGUAUACUCUUCUUUGUGGAUAUUUUUCAAGAAUACAAUUUUUUUUUUCUUUGGUCCGUUGCCAUUGUAAAACUAUAUUACAGUUGAAUGCUAAAGUUUUCUUGUGUGUGAUA